ACAAAUUCUGAAAACAACAACAAUAUGCUAACUCUGGGUUUCCUUGUCGGCGCCGUGGUCUCUAAGACUAUGAAAAGAGUCGUCGAAUAUUUCUUUGAACCGGGAGAGACAGCAAAAGAGAGUCGUCAAGAAUACAAUUCCGUACCUCUUGCACAAAAGUCAGCAACUCACUCCCACCCAAGCACAGAAGCAGCAGCUGAGAACCACAGUGACCAGCUGUCAGAGGACACACACAGUAGGACAGAUCGGGUCAGCGACCCGUGCGCAACAGUCUGUAAAUUCACAAACAUAUCAAACAACUGCUGGAUGAACGCCUCCCUGCAGGCUGCACUUAAUCUGGGGGUUGUGCGAGACAAGUUAGCAGAUUUAUCUCCAGACUGUUUGGUCUCAAUGUCACCAACACCAGCAUUUGCAGAUCUGUUUUUAACGGCCCUUCGACAUCCAGGGAGGACUUUCACCUCAUCAGAAAUCGGACUGGGUGGCUUCCUGCGUAGAGUUUGUUGUCUAAGAAGCUGUGGUCCCCCCACGGCCCUGCUGUGUCAGCAACAUCGGCGCUUCUUCUGGAGGAAGUGGAAAAGUUCCCACAAUGUAGUUCGCCCAGCAACUGUUAGUCCUGCCUAUGCAGUGCCCAAGCACAUAGUGCGGCCUGACUAUGUAGGCACUGGACAGGUCCCGGAGUGGCCAGACUACAUAGAGAUAAAAGACCAAGAGCAGAUCGAAGGCCUCACUAGAGCAUGUCAGUUAGCCAGACAUGUAUUACUACUAGCUGCAAGCAGUCUGAAGGUUGGUAUGACAACAGAUGAAAUAGACUUCAUUGUGCACCAGGAGACAAUCAAACACAACGCCUACCCAUCCCCUCUCAGAUACGGGGGUUUUCCCAAGUCGGUCUGCACAUCUGUGAACAACGUGGUCUGUCAUGGCAUACCUGACAGUCGGCAACUUCAAGAUGGAGAUAUCAUCAACAUUGAUGUGACUGUAUAUUUGGAUGGUUACCAUGGUGACACCUCAGAAACCUUCUUGAUUGGCCAGGUGGAUGAGGCUGGGCGGCGACUGGUGGAGACUGCCAGGCGCUGCCGAGAUGAGGCCAUCGCUGCCUGCAAGCCGGGUGCACAGCUCUGUGUUAUAGGAAACACUAUUAGUGAAAUAGCCCAUUCCAGUGGCUUCCAAGUGUGUCCUUAUUUCAUUGGACAUGGAAUAGGCUCCCACUUUCAUUGCCAUCCUGAGAUCUGGCACCAUGCUAAUGACAAUACCAUCACCAUGGAUGAAGGGAUGGCUUUCACGAUAGAGCCCAUACUGAUGGAGGGCUCUGUAGAGUUCAGAAUCCUGAAGGACAAGUGGACUGCAGUGUCUGCAGAUGAUCAAAGGUCAGCUCAGUUUGAACACACGGUGGUCAUCACAUCUGACGGGGUGGAUAUUCUCACCAAACUGCCAGAGGAGAGCAAUCUGUGACCUGAGAGGAAUCAAACUGCCGAUGCCUACAACAUCUGUGAGAAAUCUGUUCCUAACGGUUGGUGACCUGCAACAAAACUUUGUUAUAAGAACUUGAAUGGUGACGAUCACCUGGACAUAUUUAAAAAAAAAC